AUGUCCGUCGCGACUCCUACAGGGUCGUCGCAAUCUCCAUCUGCUCCCUCUCCCAGUAAUCCGGAGGCAGCUUCAGGUGUACCUGCGACAGACCGUCUCAUUGUCGAAUACCUAAAGGCACGCGGUCAUCCAUCUGCCGCGAAGGCUCUUCUCGAUGAAAUCGAAGCAGCCUCUCCCAACGAAAGCGGGAAACAAGGAGAAACUAUAUCUGCAGAAGACUUUGUUAAAUUGCUUUCGGUUUUUGCGCAGAAGCAGUCGAAACCUGGAGAGAAUGCCCUAAAGGACUCCGCCAAUGUUAUACAGGAGCUCACAUCUUUGGGUAGUUCUGUCAAUAUCCAAAAUUUGAUUGCAAGUAUUGGCACGGUUGGCGCGGAAGAACUUCUUUCACUUGAUCCCACGGACAAGCAGGAGGGCUUUCGGGAACUUGAAGCAUGGGUUGAUGGUUCUUUGGACAUGUAUCGACCUGAAUUUCGUCCAAUACUAUUCCCCAUAUUCUGUCACUUUUACCUUGAUUUGAUUCAGCAUGGGUUUAAAGACGCUGCAAUUCGAUUCUUCCAAAAGUUUUCUUCUUCCUUGGCACCAUCACAUAGCGCAACUUUGCAUCAUUUAUCAACUCUACUAUUACCUGCCCACGUACAGAGCGAUGAUCUAGCGCAACGAUUUCGCAACGAGAAAUAUGCUAUUCGAAUGAGCCGUUCUGGAUUUGGACUAUUAGUUGGAUGGCUAACAGAGGGUGUGGGUGGAGAAGCCUUAGGGGCUGGUGACGGUUUCACAGGUGAAAAGGGAAAGCGCGGUCGGGCAGCGGUCAUGCGCGUCGUAAAUAAUCACCUUCGCUUUGAUGUCACGUCAUCCAACCCAAUAUCCGUGUCUCCUUACGCAUGGGAAGAAUCAACGGGCCUUCUUUCAUCGCUUAUUCCUCAGGCCAGUGGAAGCAAAACAAAUCUGACAAAUCCACAAGCAUUCAAUGCAAGUAAAGGAGCACUCAAACUUGGUCAAGCACCUAUUCCUGAAGAUCUUCGGACUGAAGCGGAGCGCGUUCUUCGAGAGCAAGCUAUGAUGGAUCGUGAAUUGACCUCGCAGUAUGAUAUGUCACUUUCGCGACCCAUCGCAAUGCCUCCAGGGGUCACCGCCCCUACUGACGCAGAUCUAUUGCCUCAUCCUCCCUCAUUCAAAACCAUUGAUAUCGAACGCGAGGUCAGCGCUGUACGGGAUGCCCGAAAACGAAUACGACUAGAACCCUCGGUAUUGGCAAACAUAGAUCCCAAUUCUCCUCAAGCAAGUGCAUUACGUGCUCGUGCCUUGCCCAGUAUAUGCGCUUAUACACUUCAUGACGUAGCGGAAGGGUCACCGUGUUGCACUUUCUCACCAGACACUUCUCUGAUGGCUGCUGGUUUUGCUGAAAGCUAUAUUCGUCUUUGGAGCCUUAAAGGGGAAAAGCUGAAGGGAUUGCGAAGUGACUUCUCAGCAAGCACGGUCAAAGACGCCUCAUCCCUGAGUAAAAUUAAGGAAAAGAAGGGCAGCACUACAAGAAAGCUAAUUGGUCACAGUGGACCCGUUUACUCUGUCGCCUUCGACCCAUUAAGCGGCUCAGCUGCGCCUCCAAAAUAUCUUCUAUCGGCCUCUGCAGAUACUACGACGCGACUGUGGUCGAUGGACACAAUGACAAAUGUUGUCGCUUUCAGAGGUCAUGAAAAUCCUAUUUGGGACGUAAAGUGGAGCCCGAUGGGUAUAUAUUUUGCAACAGCCAGCAGAGACAAAACAGCCCGACUCUGGUCCACCGAACGCACAUCAUGUUUGCGCGUGUAUGCGGGGCAUCUGAGCGACGUUGAUUGUGUGCAAUUCCAUCCCAAUUCGCUCUACCUGGCGACUGGAUCAAGUGAUUGGACAGCGCGUCUGUGGGACGUGCAACGUGGCUCUUGUUUGCGGGUUUUCAUUGGACACCAGGGAGCUGUAUCAUCUCUCGCUCUCAGUCCAGACGGCAAAUAUUUAGCUACAGCUGGCGAAGACCUUGCCAUCAAUCUAUGGGACAUAGGUUCAGGAAAGCGUAUCAAGAAGAUGACAGGACAUACUUCAUCAAUCUACUCCCUCGCAUUCAGCGCCGAAUCAUCGUUACUUGUGAGUGGUGGAGCUGAUUGGACGGUGCGAUCGUGGGACGUGAAGGGGGCAGGGGGACCUCGGACCAAACCCCAAAAAAAUGGAGCAACCAAUGGCAGUCGCAGUUACGGUGAGGAGGAAAGUACCGAGACCUCUGACCUAUUAGCGACCUUCCCGACAAAACGUACACCAAUCACAAAUGUUCAAUUUACGUCUCGAAAUCUCUGCUUGGUUGGAGGUGUAUAUUUAUCCCCAGAUUCUCGAUAA